AUGUCUCAGCUAGCGCCAGCUGGUGGCCCAGCUGGCGCUCUAGAUGGCCCAGUUGGCGCCCUAGAUGGCCCAAUUGCCCAGCUGGCUGCCCAGAUGAUCGAGGUGGCUCCCAAAAUGCUCCAGGUGGCCUCCCAGGUGGUCCAGGUGGCUCCCCAGAUGGCCAUGAAUCUUGCAAACUUUAGUCCGGCCUUCAACAGUGUGACCAGUGAUCGCCAUAACACUGAGACCAUGAACGACCAGCAGAUCUCAGGUACACGGAACAGACCACGCCGUCACCACCUCCAGACCAGUGACGUCCCCACCAGGAGGGACAGGAGCCGCAGACCACUACGGCUUGGCUCUCAGGCAGACCACAGCCCAGCGACUCAAACCUGCCACAGUACUAACGGGGACCUCUACCACAGCAUAAACCACAACCACCACAGUACAGAUUGCCACCGCAUCUCUACAACAGAUCCUUAUCACAGCACUAGCACAGCCUCAUAUCACAGCACUAUUAUAACAACAGAUCCCUGCCACAGUAGCACCACAGACCCUUACCACAGCGCAGACCACGAUAACACCACCACAGCUCCCCACCACAGCAGAGACCUCAACCACAACACAACCACAGCUCCCCACCACAGCAGAGACCUCAACCACAACACCACCACAGCUCCCCACCAUAGCAGAGACCUCAACCACAACACCACCACAGCUCCCCACCACAGCAGAGACCUCAACAACACCACCACAGCUCCCCACCAUAGCAGAGACCUCAACCACAACACCACCACAGCUUCCUACCAUAGCAGAGACCUCAACCACAACACCACCACAGCUUCCUACCACAGCACCUUCGCGACCCACUCAACUAAGGCUUCCUGUGACAGAUGGAAGCUGACGUGGUGGCUGACGCUGCCACUCCUGCUGAUUCUACCUGCUGUGGUGCAAAGUCAAGCAGAGGAGCAUCCCUUCCUGACGGCGACGCUCAGGGAGAUGACAGUGGCGGCGGGGCGAAAGGCGAGACUCACCUGUGUGGUAGAGAACUUAGGGCAUUAUAAGGUGGCGUGGACGCAUUACGGACAGUCUGGACGGGCCGUGUUGACGGUGGACGCUGCGGUCAUCACCAGGAAUGAGCGGGUGUCCCUGGUGAAGGAACAAGGGGGCGCCGCCUGGUCCCUGGUCAUCAGAAACGUGACCACUAGUGACGAGGGCGACUACCUGUGUCAGGCCAACACUGUCCCGCCCAAGAAACUCUACUUCCAUCUCUCUGUCCUGGUGGCGCCCCGGAUCACCUCCCCGCCAAAGGAGCAGGUGGUGGGGGAGGGUGACGAGGUGGUGCUCAGGUGUGGUGCGACAGGUGACCCCCAUCCCUCCCUCACCUGGCGCAGGGAGGACCAGGCGCCAUUCUCCCUCAACCAAUCCUCAGUGGUGGAGGAGGCCGCUGGGCCGCGUCUCCACCUGUCCUCCGUGACCCGGGAGACCAGCGGAGCCUUCCUAUGUGUGGCCUCUAACGGCGUGCCUCCAGCUGUCUCCGCCCGAGUCCAGGUCUCCGUCAAGUUCGCGCCCGAGAUGGUGGAGGAGGGCGGUGGCGUGGUGUGGGCGUGGGUGGGGGCGCGGGCAGUGUUGGCGUGUCAGUACCGCGCCUGGCCCGCCCCUACUGUCACCUGGACCAGAGACGGCGUCAUACAGGGGGGUUCAGUCGAGAGCUGGGAGGCCCUUGGAGGUUCGGGUAGCUCCAAAUUAGUGAUACCAUCCGUGGGGCCUCAGAGCCUUGGAGUCUACCGCUGCCAAGUGACCAACCCUCUCGGUACCAGCUCCAGUCAGCACAACCUCUUGGAGCUCUCGACCACCACCACCACCACCACCACCAGUACGAUAAUCUCUCCGAAGCCUCCGGCAACACACACCAACAGACACCUUUUUGAAGAUCAAGUAGAAGGGAAAGUGUUGGAAAAGACAUCGGUGUCGUCUUCCUCGUCUUCCUCGUCUUCGUCUUCCUCCUCGUCUUCGUCUUCGUCGUCCAGGCAGCAUGCUCACGUAAUUACUGACGUUGGUCCUCACAACAUUAACGACGACGCCCACACCACGGACGCCACCCACACAGACGCCGCCCCUCACCGCUACGUACAGGAGACGGCCCCACCCAGUGACCCACUACCCCGCCCACUCUACCCAGGUGUGGGUAUUGAAGGCUAUUACACUCUGACGUUCAUCACAAAUAGUCGGUCUUAUCAUGACGGUGAUAAAGCGCACGGUCAGGGGCAGGCUCUUGCCGUUCAUGACAUAGGUACAGAGGGAUGGGAUGGUACCGUCGAAAUUCCUCUUGGCCAACGGUGCAAG